UGCCGACCAAUUUAAUAAUAGUCCGAAAAAGUCCCGGGUCCCGGCAAAUAUAACUGCUCCCGGUUUUCAGCAGUAGGUUAAUUCAGUAGGUUAAUCAAGGUACUGUUUUUCAAUCGAUCUCGGACUGAUACAUACAGGUGUGUAAAAUGGUGUCUGCAUGGUUCAUGAACGAAGACAAGAGUGUAGACCAGCGCGAACCACAUCAGAUGGAUCCCCCACAGCCUGUACAACUUGAAAAACUAGCUGAACUUGGCGUUUUGUACUUAAAGAUUGAAUCAGAUGAUUGGGAUAAGGAUGAAGCUCUCAGCAAGAUCCGCAAAGAACGAGGCUACACCUAUGAGGACUGUAUAACGGUUUCCCGUGAAAAACUUCCAAACUAUGAAGAAAAGCUGAAGGUGUUCUUCCAAGAGCACAUUCAUGAUGAUGAGGAGAUCCGCCUCUGUACCGAAGGCAGCGGAUACUUCGAUGUUCGUGACCGUGAUGAUCGCUGGAUUCGUAUUGAGCUCAACAAGGGCGACAUGAUCAUCCUGCCGGCAGGAAUAUACCAUCGGUUUACACUGGACACCAAGAACUACAUCCAAGCACGGAGAUACUUUGUUGGCGACCCGGUGUGGACUCCAAUUAAUAGGCCUGCUGACGAGCAUGUUGCUCGUAAACAGUAUAUCACCAACCUACAAAAAGCCUAAACUUGUGGACAGACUGAAAAACUGUUGAAUACUUCCAAAAUGUAGAAGCAAUGUAAUAAUAUCUCUGUAUCAGUGAUUUUUUUAAAAAUAUUUUCAACACCUGUUUUUACAAUUGGGAAUUUUUUUCGACUUUGAGAAAAUUAUAAAAUCAUGCUUUAAAUGGCAAAUAUAAUUGCAAAUAUACAUGUUUUUACUUUUUCAUGCAUACAUUAUGCUGUUAAAUAGCUAGUCUUAUCAAGAUUUUUAUUUUUAAUAAAUUCAUAGCCUUUUUUAUUCCUUCACAGGAUCUGUAUUCAAUAAAUUGGGAAAGUAUUAUGAACUUUUGGGUAAAAUUAACACAUUUUCGCGAGGGGAAACACCUAUUAGAUUUAGUAAGUAAAUUGUACCAAAAAAUCACUGGAAAUAAAAUGGGAAAAAAUAUGUUAGGAUCUGGCUGAGAGUGGGAUUUUUUUAAAAUAGAAAUCAAGUAAAAACCUUGGUUACACAGUUAUGUGAAACACAGUCACCAUAAUAUAAUAUUCAAACAUUGAAGUAUAUAUUAUAUAUAUGCAUAGAAUAAAUACUAUUAACCAGCUAAAUGUUUGUUAAACAGAGCUUAUGUUUUGAUGUUUUGAAAGAAUUAAGGAAUUAUAUUGUUUUUCAAAAGAAAAGAAAAAAAGUUGAAAGCUAAUUUAAAAAUUUGAAAACUGUUUGAUUUGGUAUUUUUACCGCUUGUGUGUUGGAGAUUAUUGUACCAUUUCUGUAAUAUUUAGAUAUCACUUUUCCGAUUGUAAAGUUGCUGUUGGUAUGUUUGUUGUGUUUAAAAAAAAUGUUUUUGAAAGUAAAACUAUUGAUAUAAAAUGCUCAAUAUUGAUGACAGUUUCAUUAUCAUAUCUAAUUUAGAUAUUUAGAAAAAUAUAUAAAAAUGUAUGAUAAUUUGUUUAUAGAAUUUUUAUUAAAUGUACCAUAAAUUU